GCUGCCUGCGUGCUGCCUCCCGAGCGCAGCUCAGCUAAGCGCAGAGCGGAACGGCAAGCCCCCACCACCCCCAGCCGGCCUGUCUGGCCCCUCGGGCCACGCGGGAGUCCGCCGCCUUUGGACGUCCGCCCGCCGCACUCUCGCACUCGGCCCCGCGGCCUGUCCACGCGAGUCUCAGCAGCAGCCGCCCGCCCGUCCCCGGUCGCGAGUGAGUGGAGCGAGAGAGCGAGGUGGCCGUCGACGACCAGCAGCGGACCCGGAGCGCGCGAGGGCGAGCAGGCGCCUCGCCGUGCAGGCCCGCAGGAGCCAUGGGGAAGGCGCACGACCAGCCCGAGUGCAUCGGCAUCCACACCUUUCAGAACGGAAAACAUCUUCAACAUGACGAAACAAAUGAGAAGGAUUUGCCAUCUCAAGAAUGUGGGCCAUACAUCCGAAGUCAAUUGGCGUCCAUGUGUGCUCGUCAUACUUUGGCAAGACGUCUACCCAUCACACAAUGGCUCCCUCAGUACACCUGGAAUUUCUUCUUGCAUGAUCUCAUGGCUGGAUUGACGGUGGGCAUGACAGCAAUCCCCCAAGGUAUUGCUUAUGCAGUUGUAGCAGGGCUUGAACCACAGUAUGGGCUUUAUGCCGGGUUCAUGGGGAGCUUUAUGUAUGUUUUCUUUGGGAGUACGAAGGACAUUACUGUAGGACCUACUGCUAUAAUGGCUCUGAUGACACAGACAUAUGUUCUUAAUUAUGGACCUGAUUUUGCCGUUCUUCUUACAUUCCUUUCUGGAUGUAUGAUUACACUUUUUGGGUUACUGCAGUUGGGUUUUGUUGUGGACUUUAUCUCAAUGCCGGUUACGAUAGGGUUCACAUCAGCUGCAGCAAUCACCAUCGCUACAUCUCAACUGAAAGGGUUGUUUGGUUUAAAGGGAAAGACUGAUAAAUUUUUGGAUUCACUAGUUAAUUUUUUUGAGCACAUUCAUGAAGCUCAUUUAUGGGAUGCUUUGCUAGGAAUAUCAACUAUUGUUGCUCUUCUACUGAUGCAGAAACUACGUAUUUUUCGAGUGAAAGGAAACCCUCAGGGUCAACAAGUCAGUAGUGCUCGACGCAUUUUUGGAAAUAUUAUGUGGUUAAUAUCCUUGGCUAGAAACGCCAUUGUUGUCUUCUUUGGUAUUGGGUUAUCCUAUGUUUUAUACCUCAAUGGACACACCCCAUUUUCACUAACAGGCAAAAUAGCUGAAGGUUUUCCUCCAUUUGAACCACCACCUUUCAGCACAGUUUUUAAGAACGAAACCUACAGUUUUGUUGAGAUGACAUCUGCCCUUGGUUCAUCAAUAAUUGCUAUUCCUCUCAUCUCAAUUCUGGAGAGCAUUGCCAUUGCUAAAGCUUUCUCUAAAGGAAAAGCAGUGGAUGCAACUCAAGAAAUGAUUGCAAUAGGUCUUGGUAAUAUUGCUGGAUCAUUUGUUCGCUCAAUGCCAAUAACGGGUUCCUUUACAAGAACUGCUGUGAAUAAUGCAUCUGGAGUUCGAACACAAGCUGGUGGAAUUUUCACGGGUCUACUUGUCAUUGGUGCGCUUGGCCUCUUGACAUCAACUUUCUUCUUUAUUCCAAAGGCUACAUUAUCUGGACUUAUUAUGACUGCAAUGUUUUUCAUGAUUGAUUAUGAUGUUGUGUCACUGUUGUGGCGUACAAAACGAAUAGAUUUAAUUCCCUUGGGUGCUACAUUUGUAUUCUGUUUGUUGCUUGGUCUGGAGUAUGGAAUGAUUGUUGGUAUUGCUGUAAAUCUUUUAAUACUGCUUUAUCACUCUGCUCGACCCCCUGUUGACAUGAAAUGGACUGUGAUAAAUGGAUGCAAUGUGUUAUUAGUAGCACCAGCUCAAAGUUUGGCAUUCCCAUCGGCUGAAUAUGUCAGAGAAGUCAUUGUAGCAGAUUGCAAUCUUCACAGAGAUGAAUCCCAGCAAAGUGCAGUCAUAAUUGAUGGGGCUAACUUAUUGUACAUUGAUUCCACUGUGGCAAAGGUCGUGAAGUUACUUUCUGAGGAUUUGAAGGUGCUGGAAGUACCAAUCUUUUUGUGGAGAUGGCCUCCUGCAGUUACACAAACUCUACUAGGAAUAGACCCAAAAAUGAAACCUCUUUUCAAAAAUGGUCCAUCUGUUGAUCUUGUUAUAAAUGAUUUGGAAAACUGUGUUCGGCAUGAUGUAGAAGGUCUUACUGAUGAAGAUACCAGUGUGUCCAUGAUGAAUGGUAUUCAUCAUGUACCAUAAUUGUUAUUCGCUACCAGAGAGUAUUACUCCUGUAAAACCCAGAGUGAUGUACAAAUUGUGAUAAAAUGUAUUAUAAAACUUCUUUUUACCUUAGGAAAUUUAAAAGUUUAAUCAUAAGUCAUUUGCUAGCAUGUCUCUCAAACAUGUUGUUAGCUGUUGAUACCCUUUUAACAGCAUACAACAAAUACUAUGUUCUUAAAAAUGUCAAAUUUUUUCAAGUUGCCUUUAAAAAAAACGCUGUAUUUUCUAGUCAGUUACCAUUAUCUCAUUUCUGCAAUUCAUUAUAUGUUUCUAGUUCUUUAUAAACUUUUGUAAAAGUAUGUACUUUGCUAUUUUCCAGAGAUUAACAUUCCAGAACUGUUUUAAAUUCACAGUGCUGUGUUUUAAAUUUUGUAUAUUGCGCAUGUAUAUUUUUGUAAUAUAAUUUUAAUGUAACUGCAAUACUAAAGACAUUUGUUUACUGAUGCCUGUGACAAAGAUCAGCAUGUAAAUAGAAAACAUUAUGAAAGUUACAAA